AUGCGGCGGUUUUUGUGUCGCUUCCUCAGAUUCACAGAGUUCCUUCAGCCCUUUGAGAGAGUGAUCCAGCCAGAGGAGCUGUGGCUCUACAAAAAUCCCUUGGUGGAGUCGGACCACAUCCCCAAGAGGGUCAUGUUCGCGAUUUCAUUUCUCACUCCGUUGGCUGUGAUAUUUGUGGUGAAGAUCAUUCAGCGGACAGAUAAGACAGAAAUCAAGGAGGCGUGUCUAGCUGUCUCACUUGCUCUGGCUUUGAAUGGAGUCUUCACAAACACUAUCAAGUUGAUAGUUGGCAGGCCCAGGCCAGACUACUAUCAGCGCUGUUUCCCAGAUGGACAGGUGAAUAUUAAGAUGCUGUGCACCGGAGAACCAGACCUAGUGUCAGAGGGACGCAAGAGUUUCCCCAGCAGCCACUCCUCCUUUGCGUUCUCUGGCUUGGGCUUCACCUCCUUCUAUCUGGCUGGGAAGCUGCAGUGCUUCACAGACGGGGGCCGCGGGUGCAGCUGGCGUCUGUGUGCCAUGUUGCUGCCUCUCUACAGCGCUUUGAUGAUCGCCCUGUCCCGCACCUGCGACUACAAACACCACUGGCAAGAUGCCUUUGUUGGAGGGGCGAUCGGCCUGCUUUUUGCCUACAUCUGCUACCGACAGCACUACCCUCCGUUCCUGCACAUGGACUGCCACCUGCCUUAUGCCAGUCUGGACAAAGCCCCCCACCUCAUUUCUGCCCAGGGCGAUCCUCGGGUCCUGCCCACUGAGAACGCCACCAGCCUGCCUCUGAAGGGAAUGACGGAGGGGCCUGUAUGACUCCUGCCCACCCCUACCUCCAGACAGUCUCUAACCCCACCCUCACCCCAGGACCACCCAACCCGCUCCCCCUCUCACUAACUGUAGAUGACUAGCUAGCACUUACAUAUACCAGUGGACAGUGCUGUACCCCCCCUCCCUCUCUCAGUCUUUCUCCCUGUCUCUCACCUCCCUCCAUCCUCACCCUUUGUUUGUUUUGCCUGCCGGAAUCAGCACCCUUUCAGUGGUCUUUAUUUAGAGAGGCUGUGUAUGUAUGGCAUCUGGGAAUAUAGGACAACACUGCUGGAGCAAAAAGGCAAAGCCCUAACCCAACAUUAAAUGGCUAGGAUGCUCAUUACAAGUUGUUGCUCGACAUUUUAUUUACUGCUCACUUUAGGAGAAUGGAGUUAGCUGGUAUAGCGGUUGGUAUCAAUUUGAUGUAGAGUUGGAUGGAAAGCAGAGCGCCUGGUGGUAAAUGCCAUUAAAUGUCACAGCAAUGAGGUGUGUUAGAUGUCACACAGCUCCCCAAUUUGAUUUAUGAGAUAUCUAAUCGCUUUGUCAGUGAUGGAAUUCACACUACAAAAUCUGAUAGCUCACACAUUUCUUACUUUGAGAGAACACAUCAACUAUAAUGGCCAGAUGUAUGGUCACUAAUGUUGUCCAAACUGUAUUCUAUUAUUAUUCAAUUAGCCUUGGUCUUACACCCACAGACGUUGUUUUUGCAUUGUUCACAUCUCUCCUACUGCUGGUUUUCCAUGGAAACAGAAUGAUAAAUAUAACACCAAUAGGUCAUUAUCAAUAAAACGUCACAAUAGCAACCGACUUGGCUGCUGGGGGGGAAAGGAGACUCCCAGUUCCGCUAAAACCAUUGACAACUAUGUGCCGUUUUCAAGGAAUUGUUAAAUAAAUGUUAUUGCUAUUUGGUUUUAAUAUCACACUUAGCUCUAUCAUCAGAGGUUUACAGCAAUCAGUAGACAUAAUUUCAACAACAUCAAGGGCUCCCGAGUGGCACAGCGGUCUAAGGCACUGUUUGAUUCCAGGCUGUAUCACAACUGGCCG